GGGAUAAAGAAAGAUACGGUCUCGGCAAGUCCAGCCAGCCAAGGGCUUCACGGACAGCCCUUCACGCGCUCGCCAUCGCUUCUAGGCUUAAUCUAGGAUUCCAUAUCCGUAAAUGGGUGGUAUAAUAUGCUCUCAUAUUUUUGUUUUAUUUUCUAAUGAAAUUCCUCCUUUUGGGGUCUUGCGGCAUCCUUAUCUACGGGCACGCAAGGGUCAUAGGGAUAGAUUGUAUGCCACAGGUGGUGAAUGACAACAUACAUGUCAGUAGUAGUGGACUAGUGGACUUGCAUUCGAGGAAGCUCACUAAAAGUGCUACUAGAUACUUACUACUCUGUACACUAUAUGAAAUAUCCGAGCUGGGAAUAUUGUUCCAAAGGAGAGUCGAAGGAAGCGGGAAAUAUGCAUCAAGCCGUCAGAACAGGCCGCUUAGUGGCAGAUCAGAUCACAGGCACUCAACCCUCCCACCCCGAGGGGUCCGCGCCGACCGGGGACUAGUACUAGUAGUAGUAGAUUCAGCAAGAUGGAUGGAUGGAUGGAUAGAUAGAUAGUAGAUACCAGCUCGCUCCAUUCUUGGAAUUGAAAUGUGCUUUAGUCUGCGGAGUCAAGUAUGGGAAAUCAAGGUUCCAGCUAGGCAUUGUCAUCGGAUAAGAUGCAGCAGGGUCAUGUAUCCGGGCUUGGGUGUGUAACACAUGCCACCUCCAUGGAGACCUCCCCCAGCCCACAUUGUUGUCACCCGCGAGAAUCGAGGGUGAUGCGAUGCUGUUAUCU